UCAUUCGGCCGCGCGCCGCCUUGGCGUUCGUAUCGCGCGCUCGCGUCACGAUGGAUUGUGUUCUGUGUGACAUGUGCUUCUGAUUUGGUGUAUUAUUUUUUUUGUGACGGACCCGUUGUGUGUAAAAGCAUGAUGCCUCUCGCACCGACCCCUGUGGUGGCGGUGCCAUCGAAGCCGAAGAUAGGAUUUAGUAUAGACAGUAUAGUUGGUGGUUCGGAGCGGCCGAAGCAGGCCUCGCCGCCGCUGGCGAGUCCUGGCUCUCCUUCGCCGGUUGCGUCUCCGAGGAGUCCUUCGCCAAGACCUUUAUUGAGGCCGAGUGCGUUGCCUGCGGUGUUUCCUUCUCCUGAGUUGAAGAGGCUACCUUACUUGGACGCUCAAAGUCACCACCACCAGUUUCUGGCGCACUUCCAAGGAGCUGCUCUUGCCGCGGCUCUGGCGCACCAGCAGCAGGGCUUCGGAGGACCACUGCCACCUCAUCCGCCCCCGCACCCUGCACCACCUGUCCCCCGGGAGUCCUACACCCUGUACCCCUGGCUCAUCAACAGGCACGGCAGGAUAUUCCCCCACAGAUUUCCUGGAGGUCCAGACAUCCCAGGAUUCCUCCUCCAGCCGUUCCGCAAGCCGAAGCGAAUUAGAACCGCCUUCUCCCCGUCACAGCUCCUGAAGUUAGAACAUGCGUUUGAGAAGAACCACUACGUCGUUGGUGCUGAGAGGAAGCAGCUAGCACAGGCCCUUAGCCUUACAGAAACACAGGUUAAAGUUUGGUUCCAAAAUAGAAGAACGAAACACAAACGAAUGCAACAAGAGGAGGAGGCGAAGACGGGAGGCAAGUCAGGUUCCUCGAACAUGAAGCCAGACGAUGGCAGUCAGCUCAACAACUCCUACGAGGAUGAUGACGAGGAACUUAUCGAUAUGGACAUGGACGAACUCAGUGAAAGUGAAAAUGAAACGUAAGACAGUGGACUAAGUGAUAAAAUUGUGUAAAUAUUAAUGUAAUCUAGAUGUUUAGAGUAUAGUUUUAUUUAUUUAUGAUGUUUAAGAGAUUCUAGCACUGGCGAUGUUGGUGGUGUCUGUACCCUUGUCUCUACCUACACUGACUCCAUUAACGCUUUGAAUUCACCAGAAUCAAAUGAAUUAUGUACACAUUUUAUCGUGAUUAGUACAAGCCAUGCUUUACAAAUCAGGCCCGAUAUUGUCAUUAAUAAUCUUAAUUUCAAUAAUUAAUUUUGGCACUUGGCAUGUCGCAAUCAAAUUUGCAGGUUUUAAUUAAAAUUUAUUUGAUUACCAAGCCUCGUUUAUCAACACACAACAUGAUCAAUCUUCAAAAAGUGGGCGUUGUUUGGUGUUUGCAAUAAUUUAUAUCAAUUCUAAAGCCAUUAUUGUGGCCAUAUCAUUAAAUCAACUUUAUAAAACGGUUUCAAAAUGGCUUCCCGAGUCUUGUUAGCGUCACGGCUUAUUAGAUAACAAAAUUGGCCGUAUUAUAAUAGUUUUCGGGGUUUAAAUUAAUUAAAAAUGGCUCUUUUUUGAUGUUCAUCCAGUGAUGUGGGUAUAAUUAGACAUUUUAGAUUUGAAACGUUGAUAGGCAGGGUAUGUGGUUUCUCAACGAGCGCUGUCAACGAAGGAGAAGGAUAACAAUACGAGAGUUAUGGGUGUUAGAGUGAGAUAGGUGUAAUAUAGAGAUGAAGGCGAUUAUGGGUGCGUUCAGGGCCCUAUUAUUAAGAGAUGCGUUCGAAAACUAUCGCGUUCUCGAAUCGCGUUUCGUAAUUGCUCGCGACGUAACCAAAUUGUUUCUCGACUCGUUGACGAUUGUUCUCAGCCACUAUUUGUCUACGCGUUAGGAAUUUAACGAUAGAGAUCUUUAUAUUGUUGAUGAUUUCUUUGACGCGUUGCCUAACUGUUUAGUUUGACUAACGACGUGUCUCGACUAUUGUUUUAAUGUGUCACUUGUUUUUUAUUUCUUUUCAACUCUGAGCUUGAAUUUUUAUGGCUAUAUACAUAAGUCCACUUUAUUGCGAGGUGGAUGUUUUGAAUUCUUUUGAUACCGAAAAUAAUGAAUUCGCACUAAUCGUGCGUUCGGCUAUUUUAUGGCGGAUUAUAGCUAAACGCUAAAAACUUUACGGUCAAUUAAUCGAUUAGCAACUUAGAUUAUGCUUAAUUAAAAUCAGUACUAGUUAAGAAAACUAUGAGUGGAUUCUCUCGACGUUUUUGAGCAAAACGAAGCUUUGGACAGAAAUGUACAGGAUCGAUUCUCAUUGUAUUGUUUACUAUGUUACUUCAUAGGCUGUGGCCUUAAAACCCGAGUUUAAACGAGCGAUUAUAAGGCUAAUUUGUAUUUUCCUUUCCGUCUUUUGUUCAUAUGAUUUACGAUUACGAGUAUCGAGUUCUCGCCGAAUCGAUUUACCGAGUGAAUCGAUUUUAAAAACAAACUAUUUUGUUUUUGUUCAGUAACCGUGAGGUUAUGCCAUGUUGUUACAAAAUGUAGUUUUUAAAAACAUGCUCGGGUAAUAUAUUUUUAAUUGCUUGAUAUUGUAUUGUGGAAAUUGGUUUGGAUUAAAGAUAGAGCUUUUGAUUUUACGUUAUACUACACAGAUUGAACUGGUAAAGGGUUCACAAAUAAAGAUUGAGAAAUAAAUUCUCUUUGGCUAUUCGAAUUCUUUAGUCUAAUAAAAAACAAAAAUCGAUCCUUGGAAUGCGCUAACUACCUCACUGCGCUAUUAAAAAAAUCCGAGGCAAAGAACCAAAGCGUUUGGCUCCACGCCAUUCGUAAUUUGAAAUCUAGAUUCCAUUUUCAGCUCAAUUAACUCUUAGUCGAUUUUAAUUAUCGAUUUUAUUCAUUAAGUGUUUGCGAUUAGCGGGCAUGUCGAUAUUUUACGAUGUAUUCUUUCGUAAAAGUUCGUUUUUAAUUACAUUUCCAUUCAUUGCUUUUAAUUCGCUGAUUAUGUGACAUUAUAAGGUUUAUUGGAGUCAUUGGAUGUUGAGAUAAGGCUGUACCAUUUUCGAAUUGACUUAGACAAGAGAAUUUUGAGUGAUACCGGUGAUUUUUGACUAAUCAUUGUAGAAAACCGGACCGAUUUUAACGAAUGAUCAUCAAAAAUAUAGUCAAAAUAACCUUGUCUCAAUAAUUAUGUACUUAUUUUAAGUUAAAGAAUUUAAUAGUUUAUUAUUUAUGUUACGUUCGGAUUUUUUGACUGUUUUGUUGAAAUCGGUCCUGUCUACUUACAUUUAUAGCUCAAAAUUGAGUAGCAAUACAUAUGAAAGUAAAAUACUUUGCGUACAAUAUAAAGUUAACGAUUCGCUCAAAUAUAGUAGUUUUAUUAAGCCAGUUCCUUUAGAGUAAUAUGUUAUGUGAAUAAAAAUAUCUAACAACUCUAUGCAGUAUUAUAAUAAUUCUACACCCUGACGUUGGUUUUCGACUGAGUGACGUGGACGUCAGUUUGUAAACUUCUGUGACGUCAGAAUAUAAAUCGUUAUUAGAGAUUAAAAAAUAAAUGUUGAUAAUAAAUAGAAUGUCUAAAUAUUUAUUCUGAUUUUAUUUUCUUAAUGUUUUAGAUUUGGUGUUCAGUAAAAUGGAACGAUUUGUCAAAAUAUUUUUACUUUUUUACAGACUUUGAGGAGUCUGUUUUGAACCUACUUGAUCUACUUAUCUAUGAGAGGUUGUAAUUUUUAAGUACAUUCAAAUUUCAAACCAGUGAUGUUAACAUUAAGUACAUUUAUUAACAAGAAAACUACUUAAAGGGACGUAGGUACUUACUUUUAUAGUUCACCCAAUUCUGAAGGCACAUGUAUGCGUGCAUGCCUACAGGCUACACUUUAAACGAAGUCUUCAAUAAAGACCGAUGAACGAAAUAGCUUAAGGCACUUCAUUCAUUCAGUCUUUUCGUUCAUUCAUACGUUGACAGAUACCUACGUGACAACUGACAAUCGACAAUUUGACGUUUGUAUUUACGUAGCAUCGUAAGAAAAGAAUACGGAAAAUGUAUAUAACACUAUUUAUUUCCUAUUAUGUACUUAGUAAGGAACUUAUGUUUAAGAUUGGGUACCUGUAAUUUUGAGAAUGUUGUUUUAAAUUUUGUAUUAUUGUGUAGAUGUCAUCUUGAAAAUUUUCAGAUUAUAUUUAAGCAAUCUAUUGAGUUUUAUAAAAUCUAACUACGUUUAGAAUUUCAUUCAAUUAUAAUGGUAUUUCAGUAGAACAAUCAAUGUUUUUAGUGUUCUGUAUUUGGCGCUAGUGAACCGUAAGGUCUUACAGGUCCAAAUUAUCUUAGAUGUUAAAAACUUAACUGUCUAAUUCAAUGGGACAUUAGACCUUAUGUCACAUUAGCUUUAACAACUUACUCCUGUGGAUUGUAUUUAUUGUUCAGUACCCAUUAGAAACCCAAUCUUUAUAAUAUUGUAAAUGUAUCUGAAAUUAAAAAUGUUCCUUCUCCUAAAUAAUGCCACAAAAACAGUUUUGUAAAUAAAUUAACUAAUAAUCAAUCUUUUAGGAUAGUUGUACAUUAUUUUUAUUUAAUAAAAAACAUAGUAAAGUUGUACAUAUGUGUGUUUACAUGUAAAAGAAUACUGUUUAAGUGUAUUUGUGUGUAUAUCAAGUCUUUAAUGACUCUCCCCAUAAUGUUUCGUUCCGACUCAUUGCGAAAAUGUAGUAACUUAAAAUCAACGAGUGAUAUAUAAAAUAUAUGUUUAUACUCAUUUAA